AUGUCCUGGCAACUGUGGCGGGUCUUGCCCACCCGUCCCGGCAACCGUGGCGGGUCUCACCCGCCAGUCCAGGUGCCCAUGGCGGACCUCACCAGCCCACCCCGGCACCAGUGGCAGGCCUCACCCGUUCAUCCCGGGACCUAUGACAGAGCUUGGCCGUCACAGGACCCGCGAUGGGCUCAUCCCGGGACACGUGGCAGACAUCGCCCACCCAGCCUGUCCGUCCCAGGACACGUGGCAGACAUCGCCCACCCAGCCUGUCCGUCCCAGGACACGUGGCAGACAUUGCCUGCCUGUCCAGGGACCCGCAGCAGGCCCGGCCCGCCCAUCCUGGGACCAGCAGCGGGCCUGGCCCGCCCGCCCCGGGACCCGCAGCAGGCCCGUCCCACCUAUCUCGGGACGCAUGACGGAUAUCGCCCACCGCCCGCCCAUCCCGGGAACCGGGGCAGGCCCAGCCCGCCCGUCCCGGGACACGUGGCGGACAUCACCCACCCGUCCCAGAAAACGUGGCGGACAUCGCCCGCCCGUCCCGGGACACAUGGCAGACAUCGCCCGCCCAUCCCAGGACCCGCAGCAGGCCCAGCCCGCCUGUCCCAGGACCCGCAGCGGGUCCGGCCCGCCUGUCCCGGGAAACGUGGUGGACAUUGCCCGCCCCUCCUGGGACCCGUGGCGGGUCUCACCUGCCAGUCCCACCGCCCAUGGCGGAACUCACCAGCCCACCCAUGGCCCACCGAGUUUGGCAGGGCCUCCCACCUGCCCAUUCCAGGGUACCAUUGGACUGGGCCCGGGCCCCGGCCCCCCGUCCCAACAAGACAUGUGGCGGACAACAGCUGCCCGUCCCAGGACCCGCAGUGGGUCCGUCCCGGGACACAUGGCAGACAUUGCCGCCCGGCCCACCCGUCCCUAGGAUACGUGGCGGACAUCACCUGGCCGUCCAGGGUCCCGAAGCAGGCCCGGCCCGCCCGUCAAGGGACACAUGGCGGAUAUCACCCGCCGCCCGCCCGUCCUGGAACACAUGGCGGACAUCGCCCGCCCAUCCUGAGACCCGCGGCGUGCCCGGCCCGCCUGUCCCAGGAAACGUGGCGGACAUUGCCCGCUUGUCCCGGGACCAAUGGCGGGCCCGGCCCGCCCGUCCCAGGACACAUGGCAGACAUCGCCCGCCCAUCCUGGGACACAUGGUGGACAUCUCCCGUCCAUCCCAGGACUCGAGUCGGGCCCAGCCCGCCCGUUCCGGGACCCGCAGCGGGCCCAGCCCGCUUGCCCCAGGAUACGUAG